AGAUUUCCAAUUGUUUCUCAAACCGCGACACUUGUCAGGUGGUGAGGGACACUCAAUGAAUGCCACCAAGAACCUUCCAAGUUGAUUUAUUCACUCUGACAUCACGUCUGUCGGCCGCCGGUACAAACCGGUUUACCGAGCCAAACAAUAACUUUGAACUAGUUGGGGGUAGAACGAACGAUGUCCCCAGAACCCAAACAAGUCGAGUUUGUGAAAUUGGCCACUCUAAAGGUCAUCAUCCCCCCGAGUCGAGAUAUUGCAAAGUGGUUUGUGCGAUCGACUGCGCGCGACGAUCUGUUGCGGCUCCUCUCGGUCGGCGGAACAAGUUCUACCUGUGUGCUUUAAAGAUUAUGGUAGCACGACCAGCCGACCGACCUCCAAGAACAUCAGCAAGUGACUUAAGCCAGAACUUGGAGUGCGCACAAAUCGACCCACUCCCUAAACAAUAGUAAAGUAGUGAUUCAGUGGAUGUGUAAUGUGUCAAAAGGUCGUCGAGCAGUGCUGCUUCGCGUAGUGCUUUGUUGAAAAAACAAAACAAAA